CCAGGGUUCGCACGCAAAGGCUGCCCCUUGUUGCGCGCCCCUCUGCAACCUCAACAAACUGCCUAUCACCCACCCCAUCAGCACCUUUUCACGCCAAAACGCACCCACAACCAUCAAAGUCCAUCACAAGCAUCUCGGAACUGGAUGCGUUGGACUUUACGAGUAUUUUGACACCCAUAUCGACAUUAUUGCGACGCGUUUUUGUCGCGAAACAGCGUUGCGCAGGCCGAGAGGCCACCUGGCCGAAAGGGCUGCCCGGCAGAGUCUGCGCCGGUCACGUGCUAAGUUUCGACUGCCAAACGCAGAGCUGAAGCAACAUGACGCAACGCGUUACUGGCCAGCGCUUUCGCCAGCGCAAAUUAUCUACGAAGCAAAAUAUACCUGUAUUGCGCGAGCAUGAGGUCGAAAAGCUCGAUGAUGAUGAAGCGUCGCGGCAUAUCCCGAAGGUCGAAACUGGUGUUGAGAAAGGAGAGGAAAUUGAGCAUCAUUUGCAAGCCGUCAUCUCUGCGGCGCAGGCGGCAGCCCAAGGUGCUACCGGCGGUAAGAUCGCUCAACUGUACAUCCCCACACCAGAAGCAACUGCAAGUCAUCUGCAGUACGAUGACUUGUAUCCAAAGCAUUUCACGCAGCCUGCGACCUACAUCCGGUUCUCUUCUACCGUAGAAGAUACUUCAGGAUGUCCGUACUGCAUGACUAGUGAUGAUGCCGCAUUCCUCAAGGCGUACAACCAGAAGAAAACCAAGGGACCCCAUUGUUCCGAGGAUGAGUUUGAGGAGGUCAUGAACUUCUUCGAAGAGACCGCUCAGAUGAAACAGCCAUUUUCUGCCGUUGGUGAUGCCCCAGUACUGGCAUACGAAGACUUGGAAUCGGAUUUUGACGAGACGAUUGGUGAGGGAGCGCGAAGAUUUGCCAAAGACAUCUACCCGCAUUGGAAGAACCAAAGACUGCUGAAGGGCAACCGCCUAUUACUCCCAUCGCUGAAGUUCGAAACAAAUCUCGAGACCGAUGAGGCAGAUCCAUAUGUCUGCUUCAGACGCCGUGAAGUGCGGCAAGUCCGCAAGACUCGAGGACGAGAUGCGCAGGUGACCGAGAAGCUGAAGAAGCUGCGAAACGAGCUGGAACAGGCAAGGUUCUUGAUGGCUCAAGUGAAGCGGCGAGAAGCACUGAUGAGGGAUUCGCUUGCGAACGACAAGCAGAUCUUCGAGCAGCGGCACGCUGUUAAGGAAAUCAAGAGAAGACUCAGCAUCAAGGCCGAUGAUGAAGAACUCUUGAUCACCCAGAAGCCUGCGCCUAAGCCUAAGCCAAGACCUGACCUCGAGAGAGUCCGCCAGAACAUCCCUGGUAUGAAGCCUCAGGUCACCCGUGCAGAUGGCCGUCUUGUCGAUAGCGACCUUGUAUAUCUCGAGGAGCAGCAGGCGAAGAAGACGGAAGCAAUCGACACCUUCAUCGAGGACAAUCUCGUUAAGCAUCAGAAGUGGAACGUCGGUUGGGUGGACGCAACAUGGCGACCAAUCACACCACCGCUGGAGCAGGCUGCUGCGAAAUCGGACUUCCGUACGGUCUUCACAGAAUCGCAGCUGCCUACUCCUCCAGCAUCCGUUUCAGAUGAUGAAGGUGCUGACUCCAUGGCGGUAGUGCGUACAAAUGCGCCGGACACACCACGUCAAAGUACGCGGAUACGUUUCAGUUCGCCUCCAGAUGACGUUCCGUUCCAAGAUCAGUCUCGUUACCGAAGACGCAUUGGACGAGGUGGUCGUGUGAUGAUCGACCGGCGUGGCGUCAAACGCCAGAAGCUCGAAAGCAGUCAGCUAGACGAGCGUAUUGCGGAUCGAUGGAAGUAUUCCGGAGAUAGUAGUGAGGAUGAGCAGAUGUAUCCUGUCGAUUGGACAGACAAUCUGCACAUCAGGUAUCGUAUCAUGAUCGAGCGCCAGGGUGAGAAGCAACAUGCUCAGCAAGCAGCAGGCGCCGCGCGGAAAAGUAUUGAAAACAACAACCGAUCCGCAUCCGGUCACCUCAUGCCGCCAACAGCAGCGCCUGGCCCAAGCUCGGCCCCGUAAUCCUUCUCUUUCAGCAGCUUCUUGACGACGAUACGUGUUGGUUUGUGGCGAGAUAUACCCUUUGAUUCUUAUUCGCGAAUUGAUCCAGCAGGAGAAGCGGAUCUACCAGAUAUAUGUACAAUACUCGGCGGUCAGGGUUGCGGAGUCGGGAAGACCGGUGGUGGUCUCUGGAUAGUCAUUAGCGGUCUGUCCCGGUCGUUCUUGGAUAUGUAUAAUACCUGCAAUACAAGGCUACACAAGGCGCCGUAAUGAGCACCUAUUAAAAGAAAG